GCCACAGAUAACGGAAACACUGUGUUCACUGCAAAUUCUGUGUCUUGCUUUUGUUCACUGAAUGAUAUAUUUGAUAUCAAUCUAUUUCAGUAUAUACAGAGUGGCCUCAUUCCUUUUUUAAGAGCUGGAUAGUAUUCCUUUGUAUAGCUGUGCAACAAUAUAGUUAAUUAGCCUCUUAUUGAUGGGCAUUUAUGUUUCCAGUUCUUUGCAGUAUUUAUAAUAUCUUUGUUGCAGGCUGCCUUUUUAUGCAUGAGCAAAUUAUUGAGUAAAUUUAUAGAGGUAGAGUCGCCGGCUCAAAGAUAUUUGGGCUUGUCAUUGUCCUAUGUAUCGCCAAGUCGCUCUCAUGAGAAGCUAUGUCCCUACCAGCCCCAGGGACCGAGUGGACGGUGCCAGCCUGCGUGAUCCUGUCUAAACGUUCUUUGCCCUCCUGUGUCUGGGAACCAGCAAUGAAGCAGAAGCAGAGUUUCGCCUUCGACAAUGUUGGCUACGAGGGUGGUCUGGACAGCAUGUGCCCUCCUCAGACGGCCACUGGCACCAUCGGCAUCUCGGGCAUGACUUGCCAGUCGUGUGUAAAGUCUAUCGAGGGCAGGAUUUCGAAUUUGAAAGGCGUCGUGAGCAUUAAGGUUUCUUUGGAACAAGGCAGUGCGACCGUGAACUACGAGCCGUCAGUCCUGAGCCUGCCGCAGGUGUGCCGUCACAUCGAGGACAUGGGCUUUGAGGCCAGUGUCAUGGAAGGAAAGGCCGCCUCCUGGCCCUCGAGAUCCUCGUCUGCCCUGGAGGCCGUGGUCAAGCUUCGGGUGGAGGGCAUGACCUGCCAGUCCUGUGUCAGCUCCAUCGAGGGCAGGUUGGGGAAGCUGCAGGGGGUGGUGAGAGUCCGAGUGUCCCUAGGCACCCAGGAGGCAGUCAUUACUUACCAGCCUUAUCUCAUUCAGCCUCAGGACCUCAGGGACCACGUAAACGACAUGGGCUUUGAAGCUGUCAUCAAGAACAGAGUGGUGCCCGUAAGCCUGGGACCAAUUGAUAUUGGGCGGUUACAGAGGACCAACCCAAAGACACCUUUGACUUCUGGUAACCAGAAUCUCAAUAACUCUGAGACCUUGGGGCACCAAGGGGGCCAUGUGGCCACUCUGCAGCUGAGAGUAGAUGGAAUGCACUGUAAAUCCUGUGUCCUGAACAUUGAGGAAAAUAUAGGCCAACUCCCAGGGGUUCAGAGUAUUCACGUGUCCUUGGAGAGCAGAAUUGCCCACGUACAGUUUGACCCUGCUCGUGUCACCCCAGGGGCCCUGCAGAGGGCCAUCGAGGCGCUUCCUCCUGGGAACUUUAAAGUGUCUCUUCCCGACGGAGCAGCAGGCAGUGGGAUGGAUGACAGGCUUUCCCAGAGUCCCGCCCCUGCCCCCACCCCGGGAGCCCAGGUGCAGGGCGCAGGCAGCACCGCGGUGCUUGCCAUCACCGGCAUGACCUGUGCGUCCUGCGUCCAGUCCAUCGAAGGCCUGCUCUCCCGCAGGGAGGGGGUGCGGCAAGUGUCAGUGUCUCUGGCUGAAGGGACUGGAGUGGUGCUCUAUGAUCCCUCGGUAACCAACCCAGAAGAACUCCAAGCUGCUGUUGAGGAAAUGGGAUUCGAGGCUUCAGUCAUUUCCGAAAACUGGUACAGCAACCACGUCGGAAGCCACAGCGCAGGGAAUUCCGCAGUGUGCAACACAGCCGGUGGGCCUGUGUCUGUGCAGGGAAUGGCUCCCCGUGCCGGGGCGCUCCCUAAAAACCACAGCCCGGGCUGCUCGUCCAAGUCCCCGCAGGCCUCUGCGGCAGUGGCGUCACAGAAGUGCUUUUUACAGAUCACAGGCAUGACCUGUGCAUCCUGCGUGUCCACCAUAGAGAGAAACCUGCAGAAGGAGGCAGGUAUCCUCUCGGUGCUGGUCGCCUUGAUGGCCGGAAAGGCAGAGGUGAAGUACAAUCCGGAAGUGAUCCAGCCACUGGAGAUAGCUCAGCUCAUCCAGGACUUGGGCUUUGAGGCUGCGGUGAUGGAAGACUACACAGGUUCAGACGGUGACCUCGAGCUGAUCAUCACGGGCAUGACCUGCGCGUCCUGUGUUCACAACAUAGAGUCCAAACUCACGAGGACGAACGGCAUCACCUACGCCUCUGUGGCCCUUGCCACCAGCAAAGCCCACGUGAAGUUCGAUCCUGAAAUGAUCGGUCCGCGGGAUAUUGUCAGAAUUAUCGAGGAAAUCGGCUUUCAUGCUUCCCCGGCCCAGAGAAACCCCAACGCGCAUCACUUGGACCACAAGGUGGAAAUAAAGCAGUGGAAGAAGUCUUUUCUGUGCAGCCUGGUAUUUGGCAUCCCCGUUAUGGGUUUAAUGAUCUACAUGCUGGUGCCCAGCAGCGAGCCACACGAGACUAUGGUCCUGGACCACAACAUCAUUCCAGGACUGUCCAUUCUAAAUCUCAUCUUCUUUAUCCUGUGUACCUUUGUCCAGCUCCUUGGCGGCUGGUACUUUUACGUCCAGGCCUACAGGUCUCUGCGGCAUGGGGCGGCCAACAUGGACGUGCUCAUCGUGCUGGCCACGAGCAUCGCCUACACCUACUCAGUUGUCAUCCUGGUGGUGGCUGUGGCCGAGAAGGCGGAGAGGAGCCCCGUGACCUUCUUCGACACCCCUCCCAUGCUCUUUGUGUUCAUUGCCCUGGGCCGGUGGCUGGAGCACGUGGCGAAGAGUAAAACCUCAGAAGCCCUUGCCAAGCUCAUGUCUCUCCAAGCCACAGAAGCCACCGUCGUGACCCUUAGUGAGGACAACUUGAUCAUCAGAGAGGAGCAAGUACCCAUGGAGCUGGUGCAGCGGGGCGACAUCAUCAAGGUCGUGCCCGGGGGAAAGUUCCCGGUGGAUGGGAAAGUCCUGGAAGGCAAUACCAUGGCCGACGAGUCCCUCAUCACAGGAGAAGCCAUGCCCGUCACUAAGAAACCCGGAAGCACAGUGAUUGCUGGGUCUAUAAAUGCACAUGGCUCUGUGCUCAUUAAUGCCACCCACGUGGGCAAUGACACCACUUUGGCUCAGAUUGUGAAAUUAGUAGAAGAGGCUCAGAUGUCAAAGGCACCCAUUCAGCAACUGGCUGACCGAUUUAGUGGAUAUUUUGUCCCAUUUAUCAUCAUCAUUUCAACGCUGACGUUGGUGGUAUGGAUUAUAAUCGGUUUUAUCGAUUUUGGUGUUGUUCAGAAAUACUUUCCUACCCCCAACAAGCAUAUCUCGCAGACAGAGGUGGUCAUCCGCUUCGCGUUCCAGACAUCCAUCACGGUGCUCUGCAUCGCCUGCCCCUGCUCCCUGGGCUUGGCCACGCCCACAGCCGUCAUGGUGGGCACCGGGGUGGCCGCCCAGAACGGCAUCCUCAUCAAGGGAGGCAAGCCUCUGGAGAUGGCCCACAAGAUAAAGACUGUGAUGUUUGACAAAACCGGCACCAUUACCCACGGGGUCCCCAAAGUCAUGAGGGUCCUCCUGCUCGUGGACGUGGCCACGCUGCCCCUCAGGAAGGUUCUUGCUGUGGUGGGCACUGCGGAGGCCAGCAGCGAGCACCCCCUGGGCGUGGCAGUCACCAAGUACUGUAAAGAGGAACUGGGAACAGAGACCUUGGGGUACUGCACAGACUUCCAGGCGGUGCCAGGCUGUGGGAUCGGCUGCAAAGUCAGAGGUGUGGAGGGCAUCCUGGCCCAUGGUGGGCACCAGCAGGGCAAGCAGGCUGCUCUCUCGAAUGGCGUCAGUGGUGUUCCUGAGGAGACAGAUGCAACCCCCCAGACCUUUUCUGUGCUGAUUGGGAACCGCGAGUGGAUGAGGCGCAACGGCCUGACCAUUUCCAGCGACAUCAGUGACACCAUGACAGAUCACGAGAUGAAAGGCCAGACAGCCAUCCUGGUGGCCAUUGACGGCGUGCUCUGUGGGAUGAUCGCCAUCGCAGACGCGGUCAAGCAGGAGGCGGCCUUGGCCGUGCACACGCUGAAGAGCAUGGGUGUGGACGUGGUUCUGAUCACCGGGGACAACCGGAAGACGGCCAGAGCCAUUGCCACCCAGGUUGGCAUCAACAAAGUCUUUGCAGAGGUGCUGCCUUCUCACAAAGUGGCCAAGGUCCAGGAGCUCCAGAAUGAAGGGAAGAAAGUCGCCAUGGUGGGAGACGGGGUCAAUGACUCGCCAGCCUUGGCCCGGGCCGACGUGGGCAUUGCCAUUGGGACAGGCACCGAUGUCGCCAUUGAGGCUGCCGACGUUGUCCUCAUCAGAAACGACUUGCUCGAUGUGGUGGCCAGCAUCCACCUCUCCAAGAGGACCGUCUGGAGAAUACGACUCAAUCUGGUGCUGGCGUUGAUUUAUAACCUGAUCGGGAUACCCAUCGCAGCAGGGGUCUUCAUGCCUGUUGGCAUUGUGCUACAGCCGUGGAUGGGCUCAGCGGCCAUGGCGGCCUCCUCGGUGUCUGUGGUUCUCUCGUCGCUGCAGCUCAAGUGCUACAAGAAGCCCGACCUGCAGAGGUAUGAGGCCCAGGCCCAGGGCCGCAUGAAGCCCCUGACCGCGUCCCAGGUCAGUGUGCACAUUGGCAUGGAUGACCGACGAUGGGACUCGCCGAGGGCCACGCCCUGGGACCAGGUCAGCUACAUCAGCCAGGUGUCUCUGUCCUCACUGAAGUCGGACAGGCUGUCUCGGCACAGUGCUGGGGCUGACGACAGCGGGGACAAAUGGUCCCUGCUCCUGAGUGACCGAGAUGAGGAGCAGUGCAUCUGAAAGCUCCAGGCGGGGACAGUCCCAGGGCUCGGUCUCCUGGCUGAAUAGCCGGCCCGGCUUUCCUGGUGGACGAGGCGCAGGCCAGUCAAGUGCGGCACCAGCAGCAAGAUGGACGAAGCUCCUGUCCGGUCUCGGGACUUCCACGCCCUGAACAUUCCUGGGCGUCUCUCCUAGCACGUGCUGCCUCCCAGUGCAGCCCUUGGGUAGGCCCACCCUGCCUGGAUCCCACUGGCACAGCAGCCGGGCAUCCUGGCUGGACCCUGCCAUUGUCACUGGCUUGUCGGGAACUUGGCUGGACUCUAGCACAGGCAGGGACAGCCAGCCCUCCGCACAGAACUCUGCUUUCGUGUUUGGGAUGACCACUUGUAAAAUGAGGAACAUCUCAUCAGGACUAAAACCUUCACUGGGCCUUUCCUUAAAACUCAUGAGAAGCCUUGGUGUUGGGUUCUUUUGGACAACACCCACACGCAUCGAGUAUCUAUCUGAGACCGCAGUUUACCUCAAAUGUACCCCAUUGAUUUCUGCUGGCACAGUCUCUUCCUUUUCUAUUCCUAACAUGGGACGUGCCCCACCCCCUGUCACCCAGCCCUGCCUGCUCUCUGAGGGCAGCACUGACGCCGUAACGGUCCCUGCUGCUGCUCUAGGGCACUGCUGUCAGAAUCUGUGCACUCACACACCUGGCCGGAGAGUCCACUGUGCCUGUCUUCAGCUUGAGGAGAGUUUUUCUUACUUAAUGUGCCACAUGGCCACGGAGUCCUGGUCGUGUGCUCAGCGGCCAUGGAGGCCUCCUCUCUGUCUGUGGUUCUCGCGUCACUGCAGCUCAAGUGGGGAGUCCCUUGCGGCGGGAGCAUGCCCCAUGGGCAGCCUUCACCCCCACAGAAUGGCCUCUGCUGUGGAUCUUUGCUGCUGCACUGGAGUGAGGGUCUCAGAGCCUGAGACCUGAGAAAUUCUGCUCGCUCUGGGGUCCAGGUACUGGGGGCCCUGGGAGGCAUGUGGUGCUUGAAAUCGGUGUCCAUGGGAGGUGCGUGUGCUCACAGGAACCUCCUUGCAGGCCCCCAGGAGCAUCCCAUUCCAUGGUCUGCCGUGUGACUGUCGCCUCAUGGAAUUCAAUUCAGAAUUCCUGGCAGGGGUGUGUGCCCCCAGUGGUGUGCAAGUCCAAGGCAACAGUGAUACCCAAACCAGAGGAAAUCAGUUAUUCUCCAAGAGCUCCUACUUCUGCACAGGGUCAGUACCUUAGGAAAGGAGUCACCACAACUUCCCCGAGGGAACGUCUUUCACCCUUUCAGCGGCUCUUUGUGGUUGUAGGACCUCAGAGGGGCAGGAAUAGGGCCAGUUUUAGACUCUUACAUCAGUGGUAGUUGGCAGAACGACAUGGGAGUAGAUGAAUAGAAUGAAAAUAAAUUUUAAGGUAUAGCCCUUAUCACAUACAGAGAAUAAUUUUAUUUAUUGAGAAUCAGUUAUUUUUCAGGGACAAUGUAAGCACUUUCUAUAGGUUACCUCUGAUCCUCCCAAUAUACCAGCAAAGUAAAUACCAUUGGCCACAUUUUAUAGGGGGGGAAGUAGGCUCAGAGAGGCUACGUAUCUUGCCCAGGAUCACACAGCCAGCACACUUGCCAAAAUGGGGAUCCAGAUCCAUCUCUCUUGGCUCUGAAGUCUUUUCUUUGCUGCUGCCACCUGAGUAUCAGUUGGGUAAGAAUCGCCGGGAGAAGGCCCUUGCUCUUAGAACAAAGGUUGCAGGCGAUGCACUCAUUGUUAUCGACUUGGGAUGAAAUUGGACCUCAGGGUCAACUUACCUUCCCCUUGGGUGGUUUGUUUCCAUUUUUGCAUAUACUUCCAUUUUGUUUGGGUCUUGCCCUCUAAAACCCAGGGGCAGGGUUCUGUAGUGUCUGUACUGUUUUUGGUCUUCCUCUCCUUCCAGGCCCCUUCCCGUUCUGUCCUUUCUUUAUUCCUGGCUGUGCUUGGGAGUGUUUCUUGUUUUCUUAACUAGGUUAAUCAUUGUCUAAAGAAUCUAACUGUAUUGAUUUUUCAAAGGCUUUUAGGACCAUAAACAUCAUGUGUAUAUAUAUAUAAGGCCAUGAAAAUAUUUAUAUAAUUGCACAAAAUGUAAUGUUUAGGUGUUCAAGGGAUAAGAAUUUUUUUGUGUGUCAGAGAAGAGCAGUUCCUAUUUCAAAAACUUUCCAAGCUGUAUUAGAAUAAAGAUUAUUUUUAUUCAUCUAAAA